AGAGCAAGUCGUCAGCAGCCUGCAGCGGUGCGAGGCAGGGAGGCAAGCAGCACAGGCAUAUGAUCAGCACCAGGCUAAGUAGCAGCUGGACUGGGCGCAGGGGAUAGAUGAGCAUGUCGUGGUUCAGCUCCAAACCCAAGGUCUUCAUUAGAAAUCUUAGGUAAAUGUGAGGUCAAUUUCAAGUGAGUUAUUACAUGCCCAUACACUGUUCGACGGAUUGUCUCAUACUAUUUUCAGCAGCCAGGUUAAUCUCCAAUUUGGUGCUUAGGGCCUGUUUGUUUGAGCUUAAAUAAGCUGUAGAUUAUACAAACCAACUUAAAUAAUCUGUUAAGGAAACAAACAGGCAGCUUAUUUGCUCAGAUUAUAUAAUCUAGAGUCAAAAACACCAUAAUCUCAUAAGCUAGUCAAGUGGAGCUUAUUUCAACUUAUUUCUACCCAAAAGACCCACUACCCAUGGCAAAGAGGAGCAAAUUACCCGCAAUUGCCAUUAGGUCCCACCAGCCCACUCCCUCCUCCCCUCCCCACGCGCCCCUCUCCCUGGCUGGCUCCCCACGCUAAGGGCAUUGUUGUCUUUACACGUCUAGGACAAAUAAGCUGGGCCAAAUAAGCUAGGCAAACAAACAGUAAGACUCAGCUUAUUUAAUCCAGAAAAAAUAAGCUAGAUUAUAUAAGCUACCAAAUAAGCUGAAUAGUAUAAUCUAUAAGUCCAAACAAACAGGCCCUUAGCCUUGUUUAGGUUUAAUAUUAGCUUCUUGUUAAGCUUUGCUUCCACUGGAUUUUGAGAUGUGUUAAUUGUUGAACUUUUUGUAUGCUUAGUCAAGUGAAGUUUUGCUGUGGAAUUAAAUUUCUUGCUCUAGGCCAUAAUUAAUUUUCUGCUUAAUUGAAAUCAGAAAAACCUCUAAAAAAUUAGUUGCUAGCCUUUUUAAUCUUGCCUACUAGCAUGCUAGGGUUAGAUUAGUUUUUACUUGAGCAUUUAAUUUAGUUUUUAUUCGACUAACCCUCUCGUUUUGAUCUGUUCUCGUUUUGCCUAGUUUCAACUCGUUUUACUAUCUGAUUGUGUGUGCUCUCGUGUUUUGAUUCCACAAAAGUUUUGCGACACUCUGAUUGUGUUCCUAGCACUAGCAGCUUGUCCAUGCUGCGUAGUGUUGGCACAUUUUAGAAGCUGUGGUGUGGUGUUUGUAUCGGGAUUUUUUCUUCUUUGAUUUUCGGAUCGAAUUUGAGGCUCCCAUUCAACCCCCCUUCUGGUCGCCUGUCCGGUCCUUCAUUUGGGCUGCAAACUCAAGUAUAGAAGGACCUCACCAAUAGAUGGUGGAACAACAGAUUGGAGACACCAAAGAUGUGGAUCUGAACCUUUACAACCUUGAGAACAAAUUCUUCUUGUUCCCUUGUAAAAUUUCUUCUCCAAUCACCUACUCCUUAAUUCCCUCUCUUCUCUUCUCCUUUUGGAGGCUGCGUUCUGAAAUUUCGUAGCUCCCUUCUUCCUUCUGUUGUAAGGCAGCAUACUAGGUGCUAAAUGCACCCAAGACGUACAUAUGCUUCCGCCACCGGAGUCCCAAGAAGACGACAUCACCGGGAGAGACGACAAGCUCUGCGCAGCGGCGGCCACACCCUGGCUUGCACCGAGCCGAAGCCCGGAUAAGCACGCGCAGGCGACAGCGGCGAGACGUGGCGACCCGGGUGCCUCCCGCCACGCCGCCUCCCUCCACGUAGCCGCGGCCCCUCGCCACGUACCACGGCGCCCGGCCGGUAUAAAUUAGCACCAGCUCCGCCUCUGCAUCGCCAGGCCAAGCACCGAACGAAGCACACACGACACGAGAUCGUGGACGCCACUGCCACUCCACCAUCGCAAUGGCGACCGCCAGAGCCAGCGCGGCUCCUUUCCUCCUCAUCCUCCUCGCCACCCUCCUCUGCGCCGCCGCCGCCGCGUCCUCCUGGGAGGACCGCGAGCCCUGGCGCUGCGUGCGGCGGUGCGAGGACCGGCCCCGGCACCAGCGUGCCCGGUGCGUGCAGGAGUGCCGGGAGGAGCAGGAGCGGGGCAGGGACGAGCUCGGCCGCCGUGGCGAGGGGUCCGGUGACGAGCGCGAGCAGGAGCAGGAGCGGAGCCGCCGGCCGUACGUGUUCGACCGGCGCAGCUUCCGGCACGUCGUCCGGAGCGAGCAGGGGUCGGUCAGGGUGCUCCGGCCGUUCCACGAGGCGUCCAAGCUCCUCCGCGGCAUCCGCGACUACCGCGUCGCGGUCCUGGAGGCGAACCCGCGCUCCUUCAUCGUGCCCAGCCACACCGACGCGCACUGCAUCUGCUACGUCGCCCAAGGCGAGGGAGUAGUAGCGACGAUCGAGAACGGCGAGCGGCGGUCGUACACCAUCAAGGAAGGCGACGUCUUCGUGGCGCCGGCCGGGGCGGUCACGUACCUGGCCAACACCGACGGCCGGAGGAAGCUCGUCAUCGCCAAGAUCCUCCACACCAUCUCCGUGCCUGGCAAGUUCCAGUUCUUCUUCGGCGCCGGCGGGAGGAACACGGAAUCCAUUCUCUCGAGCUUCAGCAAGAGCGUCCAGAGAGCCGCAUACAAGACCUCGAGCGAGCGGCUGGAGAGGCUGUUCGGGAAGCAGGACAAGGGGAUCAUCGUGCGCGCGUCGGAGGAGCAGGUCCGCGAGCUCCGGCGCCACGCCUCGGAGGGCGGGCACGGCCCGCACUGGCCGCUGCCGCCGUUCGGCGAGUCGCACGGGCCCUACAGCCUCCUGGACCAGCGGCCCAGCAUCUCCAACCGCCACGGCCAGCUCUACGAGGCUGACGCCCGCAGCUUCCGCGACCUCGCCGAGCACGACGUCCGCGUCUCGCUCGUCAACAUCUCCGCCGGGUCGAUGAGCGCGCCGUUCUACAACAGCCGCUCGAACAAGAUCGCCUACGUGCUGGACGGCGAGGGCCACGUCGAGAUCGUGUGCCCGCACCUGGCGCAGGGCGGCGGCGAGAGCGAGGAGCACGGCCGCCGCGGGGUCCAGAGCGAGCGCGGCGGCAGGGGCAGGCGCGGCGAGGAGGAAUCCGAGGAAUCUGAGGAGGAGGAAGCCGGGCAGGGGUACCACACCAUCCGCGCGCGGGUGUCGCGCGGCACGGCGUUCGUGGUGCCCGUGGGCCACCCGGUCGUGGAGGUGGCGUCCCGGGGCAGCAACCUCCAGAUCGUCUGCUUCGAGGUCCAGGCCAACAAGAACGAGAAGGUGUACCUGGCGGGCGCGAACAGUGUGCUCAGGAAGCUGGACGGCGCGGCCAAGGAGCUGGCGUUCGCGUCGCGGGCGCGGGAGGUGGACGAGGUGCUCGACGCCCAGCGCGAGCAGGGCUUCCUCCCCGGCCCGGAGGAGAGCGGCCGCCAGGAGUGGGAGCGGGAGGAGGAGCACCAAGAAGGACGCCGCGGCCGCCAGGAGCGCGAGCGGGAGGAGGAGGGAGGACGCCGCGGGCGCGGGCGCCGCGAGGAGCUGGCCGAGACGUUCCUGAGGCUGGCGACCGGCAGGCUGUGAGGGACGCCGCCGCGGUGAUCGACGACGGAGCUGAGGCACAGCACGCUUGAGCGGCGAAGUCGCACGUAGUAUAACAGAGUGAGCCCGAGUGAGACGUGUCGGACGUGCACGGUGUGUAUAUCUGUACGUAAGGUACGCGGAAGGCAGUAGAAUAAGUGAGGCCGUACGUGGCCGUGUACAAAUACUGUAUGCAGCUGAGGCGACGAUGUUCAUAAAUAAA